AGAGAGAGACCCUUUCGCUUGAAUCUGAAAAAGUGAUCCGACCCCAAUCAAUUACUUCCUGCUUCUGAGAAGCAUACUGCUGGUGAUUCUUCAGACACAGGAAGCUCUGCAAAGAAAAGUCUCAACUUUGAUUCUCUGACCCAGGAUGCUGAUAUGAAUGCUCCCCGCAUUACCCCUGAUCUUCCGGUUUCAAUAAUGUCUCUAGACAAGGAGAAAAGCUGGUAUGAUCAAACUGUUGAGGAAGAGGAAAAGGAGGCUCGAGACGCUCCUCUCGAAACAAGAUUCUCAUCGGCAAUCCAAAUUGGGGAAGACCCGAGUGCUAUCCCAGCAAUUCUAGAUCCUGGCACUGAAGAAAUGGACUUCGAAGGAGUGACGGGAGAUGGCGACAUGGACUGGGAGGAGAAUAAUCAUGAAGAGGAUCAUCUCGAUCUUGACUGGGUGGAAGAGGAAGACGAAGACUACUGUGAAAACGAGAAUUCCAUGUCAGGAGCAGGAGAAAAUUUGGAGACUGAUGAUCUUCUGGGUGACGAAAUGGAAGACCUUGAGAGGAACAAGGAGAAGUUGAAUAACGAGAAGAAGAAGAUUUGUGGCUCCCCUGUUUCAGAUUUGGGCUUGGGCCCAUCUAAAUCUCAAGGAAUGAAGAAGGAAAAAAUCAAGCGGGCUUUAACUCCUAAAGCCCAAUUCGGACAGACUAGUGUCCAAGAUUUAAUUGGGCGUGUUUUGAAUGUUGAUAGCGACGCCGAAGGAAAAACAAUCAAUAUUGAUGGAAAUGAAAUUUACUUCGAUCUAGAAGACAAAAAGAUGCUCGCUCCUCAGCCACCAGACCAGCAGCUCGCUCCUCAGCCACCAGACCAGCAGCUCGCUCCUCAGCCACCAGACCAGCAGCUCGCUCCUCAGCCACCAGACCAGCAGCUCGCUCCUCAGCCACCAGACCAGCAGCUCGCUCCUCAGCCACCAGACCAGCAGCUCGCUCUUCCACUGGUUUAUGCUCCUCUACCACCAGACCAGCUCGAUGGCUUUGAUUUUGAUAUCAACUUAGCUGAAUUUGCCAAUGCUCCUCUACCACCACACCAGCUCGAUGAUGACUACCUUGAUUAUGAUGCACUUUUCAAUGAUGAGAAUUCGGGAAUUCCUUGAGGAUAUGACCAUGACCAAAUGGGGAAGAGUGGUUAUUUAGUUUUAUUACCCAAAACAAUUCUACAAUAACUUUGUUUCGUUUUGUCAUGACUUUUGAGUUCUUUUUUAUUUGUUGAUGCACAAUGAUGUUACUUUCCCAAAAAUCACCAUUCCCUUAAUUUAGAAUUCGCAGCAAAAAUAAGAUCAUAUAGUCGUU